GUCCUUGCCGGGUCGUCCAGUUUUUAUAAGGUCGCUUGUGUGAUUCGUCUCUUUCAUGAUUGAACCUUUGCCGGUGGUGUGGCAACUGGACUUUAGCUGAGGUUCUGAAUUGAAACGAUCUCAUUACAACAAUUAAUAGAAACAGACCUUGAAUAAGUCACUGAGUGAAAUAAGCCCUUAUACGAAUCCAGCAUGGAGACGUCCAAAGAGCCACACUUGCCCGUACUACAAGAAGGAGCCAAGUCAUUAGGCAGUGACCUUCGACCUUUAACCUCUAGUAGUAGAUUGGCUGCAACCUACCAGGCUACAGUAGAUUUCACCGCUGGUGCUUUAGGUGGAGUAGCAUGUGUUUUAGUCGGCCAGCCGUUCGAUACAGUCAAAGUGAAACUCCAGACGUAUCCACAGCUCUACCCGAGCGCCAUCAAAUGCUGCAAACAGAUCCUAAAGAAUGAAGGGAUACCUGGUUUAUUCCGCGGAACUAUGCCUGCCAUGGCAGCUAAUGUCGGGGAAACUUCUGUAUUAUUCCUAUGCUAUGGUCUAUGCCAGAAGUUUGUCUGCCGAGUGUCGGGAACGGACAGUAUAGAAAAAUUAAGCACUUUCCAGAAUGCGUCGUCGGGUUUUGUGGCAGGUUUCUUCUCGUCGUUAGUCCUUUGCCCGACGGAGCUCGUCAAAUGCCGUCUUCAGGCUAUGACUGAGACAAUGCAGACGUCUCAGAAACAUACACAGAGAGUAGGUCCUUGGCAAAUCACCAAAAGUAUUAUCCGAAAUGAUGGUUUUAGGGGAAUGUUUCAAGGACUAGGGAGUACAUGGCUGCGUGAGAUGCCGGGAUAUUUCUUCUUCUUUGGAGCUUAUGAGAUUUCUAGAACAAUGUUAACACCGAAAGGAACCAGUAAAGAUGAUCUCGGUCCAUUUCGUCUGAUGAUCUGUGGUGGAAUGGCAGGAGCCGGACUAUGGACAGCAAUAUAUCCUAUUGAUUUAGUCAAAUCAAGAAUACAAGUCAGGUCUGCAACGGAGAAAAUGCCGGGCUUCUUCAGAGUUACCAUGGAUAUCAUUAGAAAAGAAGGUAUUUUGAAACUCUACAGCGGUCUGGCUCCCUGUGUUCUACGAUCGUUCCCCGCCAAUGCCGCAUUGUUCUUAAUGUAUGAGUGGAGCAGGAAACAAAUGAUGUUGCAUCGACCAGAAUGGGCGUUAUGAGAGCAACAUUGAGUGCGCUCUAAUAGAGAAUUAUAUAGUAGGUUUGAUGGUAGUCUUGGCCCAAGAUGUUAGUGAUCGAUAGUGGAUAGUGUACUGCGCUCGGCUGUAAAUCUUUUAGCACGCCCUCUUACAUUAUGAUUUUACCAACUUGACUUGCUAUCACUAACAAGAGGGCGUGCUAUACUGAUUUGCAACCAAG